GGCCCAACUGAAAACGGCCUAGCGAAAGUAGUUUCAGUUAACGUAUAAAAAGCAUCAUCGCCAUUUUUCUCUUGUUCAUUAUCCUUCCAUGGCUACCAUAAUAACUGCUCCGACUUCCAGAAUUGGAAUGCACUGCCGUUUUGGAGCUCCAAAACACCAUUUCUUCAACAGUUGUACCACCAACUUCUCAGUUUCUAUUUCAAGCCCUAAUUUCAAGCUUUCAUCACAUGCAAUGCCCCCCAAUUCUUUCCGAGUCAACGCUUCCUCUGCUACAGAUGCUCCAAGUGAAGAAUUGGAGGCUUCUUCUAGGGGGGCAGUUGGAGCAAACGACUUGUUAAUUGUAGGACCUGGAGUUCUUGGGCGUUUAGUGGCAGAAAGAUGGAGAGAGGAAUACCCAGGCUGUCAGAUUUUUGGGCAGACAAUGACCACCGAUCACCAUGAUGAACUUAUUAAAAUGGGAAUUAGUCCGUCUUCUCGAGAGUCCAAGUUUACAUCUAAGUUCCCUUAUGUUAUAUACUGUGCUCCUCCAUCCCGGACUGAAGACUACCCUGGUGAUGUUAGGGACGCUGCAUUAAAAUGGAAUGGUGAAGGUUCUUUCCUAUUUACCUCAAGCUCUGCACCAUAUGACUGCUCUGAUAAUGGAUCAGUUGAUGAGGAUGGUCCCAUAGUCCCAAUUGGAAGGAGUCCAAGGACUGAUAUACUUCUCAAGGCAGAGGAAGUAGUGCUGGAGUUUGGUGGUUGUGUUGUUAGAUUGGCUGGCCUUUACAAGGAAGGCAGAGGUGCGCACACAUAUUGGUUACAUAAAGGAACUGUGGAUGUUCGCCCUGAUCACAUCCUCAAUCUUAUCCAUUAUGAGGAUGCUGCUUCUUUGUCAGCCACCAUCUUGAAGAAGAGACUUCGCGGUCGGAUCUUUUUGGGUUGUGACAACCACCCCUUAUCCAGGCAGGAAGUAAUGGACUUGGUCAAUAAAAGUGGGAAGUUUGAGAAAAAAUUCGAGGGUUUCACUGGAACUAGUGGCCCUCUAGGGAAGAAGUUAAACAAUUCAAAGACUCGUGCUGAACUAGGAUGGGAGCCCAAAUAUCCAAGCUUCGCUCAGUUCCUUGGAGUUUCACAUUAAACUGCUGCAAGAGCUCUCAUUCUUUCGAAUUAUUGAAGAAAUGCAGGAGAACUGUUUUCACAGAGUUGUCUUUUGAUGCGGCAUGUUUGGAUCAGUGCUUUUAUGCAUUUAAUUGCCACCAUGUUAUGCAGAUAUUGCGUCUGUAACAUAUGCCGGGGUUUUGGUUUUUCUUUACUGUCUCCACUGUAAUUUGUUGUUAGGAAAGGAUGGUUGUCUUUGUCAAUUACUACUGAGAUGUUUAUAAUAUUGGAUUAAGGUGACAUUCUUGAAAUGUUGGUUUUAUAGUUAGAAAAAGAAAAUCUAAUGGGUGGGAAAUGUUACGGUUUUAUUAGCUUCCUCUGAUGUAACUCUCUCUAUGGAGGCUUUGUGAUGAUGAUCAAAAUGUUCUUGGA